GAAAUCGAAGUCAUCCAUAAUUACUCGAGUAAUUAGUGCUGUAAAUGUGUACUCAUCAUGUAGAAAAACUCCGAAACCAUUCCUAAGUAUUAACAAGAGCAGAUAACUCUAAGUUGAACGACGAAAUUGCGAAAUUGGGGAAUUUUUAUUUGUUUACGUUUUGGAGUGUAUUUGUGGUUAUGAUUGGAAAAUGUGUCCAUAAAAGGGAUCGUAAUUUAUGGAUUUCUUUUGUAGGCGUUUUUACCUACCUGUAGAUUAUUAUCAUUUUAUGUAUAUUACAAUAUUCGCUCACAGAUAAGUCAAAUUAAAUUAAGCUUGAAAUGUCAAACACUUCCGGGAACACUGUAGUAAGUGUAAGGUAAAAUACGAUCUGAUAUAAGCAACUCGUUACCCUGGCCUAAGUGUUAUCAGUUUGAUAGCUAUAAAUACAUGUACGGACUUUCUUUACUUGUUUUAACAGUUGAUCUAUUCGUUUGUGAUAAACUUACAUGGUUGCUGGUCACGGACAAUAGUGAGAAGAGAGUCAUUUUAUUAAUCUUUCAUUUAAUAUAAUUCAUAUACCGUAAUUGUACUUAAAUAAUCAUGUCUGCGACUGAACCAGUUAAUGACACCAAUGAAACCACUGAUGUGAUUCCAUCAUCCUCAAACAAUUCAACAGCAGUAGCCUCUUCAACAAACACUCCAUCCACAAGUAGAAGUCGAGAUACUAGUACACGAAGAAACAGAUCACGAUCUCGUACCCGAAGUAGACAUGGACAUCGAGAAGGGCGCAGUCAUGUCUCUCAUCGAUCAAGAAUUCGAUUUAAACAUAAAGAAAGAAACUUUGCUGCUGCUGUCUGUAGUAUGAUAACUAUUGUGAUUUUAUGCACAGCUUUAUCUGAACCACGCUGGAUUUCACUGAGGGGAGGGGGCUGUACAUUAUUACAUGGUGGAGAUCUACAUUACCUUGGAGCCUUUCAAUUCUUCUACAAUGGUCAAUUUUAUCAGGAUCAAAACUCUCACGCCACAGCAACAGUUAAUGAAAUUUAUAAAUAUGGCCCAAAUGCCAAUGAAAUGAUGUCUAAUUGUGUUACAUUUAGAACUGUUUUACUGUUUAAAGCCAUUAUUGCCUUCAGUUUUCUUGGAAUACUAUGCAGUCUAUUUGCCUUUUUACUGGAUUUAAUGGGACCUACACACAAGGCUUUGAAGAUGUUAAGACGUAAUGCUCUUUUCAGCAUUCUCUCAGUGUUGAUGUGUGUAGUAAUCAACUUAUUUUGUUACUAUGUAACUGUCUAUGUGGAUGAGUUACAGAAUAAAACAAAGUUACAUAAAGGAAGUAAAGUUGAUGUCACAUUUGAUGUUAGUUUUUAUCUGGUAACGGCUGCUGGAGGUAUAUCCGUUUUCAGUGUAGCUUUUAACUGCUUGCGCAGACGUUCAUCUUUUGAAGAACCCCGACACAACUAUGUGAUGAAUGACUAUGAUGAUCUGAAUAGCCUUUUACCCCCACCAGAACCAGAGGUAGCUCCUAUGGCUAACCUCCCACCACCACCGGCCUACUCCCCAUAAACAAAAUACAUUUCAUCUUGUUAUGCCCAUCUAAUGUGAUCCUACCGUUAUGAAGGUGAACCUAUAGCCAAAAUAUAGCUAUGUGUUACAUUACUCAUGGUUCAAAGAAAAAUGAUUAAAGAUUGUCAUCAAAAUGUGAUAUAUAAGAAUAAAUAUUUAAAAUGUGAAACACAAAAGACAGUGUGUAAUAAUCUAUCUUAAUCCUAUUGGUUGGUUGUUUUUAUUGAAGUAGGAUAUCUACAUGUAUGAUGUUCUGUUUCAAGAUGUACACAUUUAAAUCAAUUGUAAUAUAAAUACCGGUUCAUAUCUAUAGUCAGUUUCGUAUUAGUGCUAAAACUACUAAUUGCAUGUAACCUAUGAAUCUCUCUCAUUUGCAAUUUUAUAGAUACAUGUAUUGGUAUGUAAUUUGAAUAUAUACCGUCAACAUCCACAUCUUUUUUGGUCCAUCCACAUUUCUUGUGAGCACUCCACAGUGCAGAGUUCUUUUUUUUAAUUUGAAGGAUUGUUCACAAAGCUACAAUAUAUAUUGAAAAUCAUAAUACAGGAUUAAGUUGUUUCAGAAGGAAGAAGCCCAUAUUUUGAGGAAUUUUUCAUUUGCAAAUUGACAAAUUACCAGUCUCCCUUGAGGUUAAUUGGGUCAAAUUAUAGACAAAAAUUAAACAAGUUUAUUAUUACAGCAGGUCAAUACUGAGCCUGGUAGCUUGGAUUAAGUUUUCCAUAUGGUGGUUAUGUCUCUACUCUCUAAGAUAGUGAUUGUCCAAAAAAUACAUCUAUAAAAGCUUAUAAUAAUUUUGGAAUUGUUCUUGGGUUUCAAAAAUUCAGAAUCUUAUUAUUGAAUAAAUGAGUGUCAUGCUUACUGUCAAGGAUAACUUGGCUACUGGUAAGCGUGUAAUGGAUGUUUCAUUAAAUGUUUAAUAAAAAUCUAUUUAAUAAUUCUUGAUAUUAAAUCUCUAAAUUUAUCAGCCUACAUUGUUUUAGCUGAAGGCUACUGGUACUGUUAAUGUUGUAAAUUCCUUAUAAAAUAGAUGUGCUUUUACAUAAUUAAAGCUUUGGAUUAGCUUCAUUAUGUAGUUUAAUGGUUAAACUGUGUUUAUGUAUUUAUUUAGUGCUAAAUAAAAACAGUUUGUAGAUAUCGUUAUUUUACAAUAUUACUAGUAUCAAUGGUUAUGGAGCACAUACUAUAUACUUAUAGUUAAAAUAAAAAUAAUUGUUAUUUGUUGAAUGUGAUUGCAAUGUAAUCAUUUUAACCUUAUAUAUGUAUGCUUCUCUGUGCAAUUGGUUUUUGGACAUUCUCUUUUAUCAUUUAAAUCAAAGCCCUUCUCUCUUAUUACACUGUUAUUGCUCUUGAUCUUUCAUUGUAAUGGGUGGCUCAGUGAGCAAGGUGCUGGCUCACUAUCAAGGAGGUCAGGAGCUUGAUCCCAGUGUUGGCCAUUAAGUUCUCCAAGAUUUUCCAGUGUGUUUUCCUAUUAUCAGUGGUUCAGGACAAAGGACCUGGCAAUGACCAUCGUCUAGUUGUCCGGAUGAUAUGAAAAGAAGUGAGGUCCUGUGUACCCAAUGCUGUGUGCACAAAAGAAGCCAUGAGAGUUUGAAUUUAAUUACUGUCUGAGCAAAAUGUCACUUGUAGCACACAGCAUGGUAUUGGUUUCCAUCGGAAUUUAAGGAUUUUGAUAUGAAAUGGUAAAAGAGUGUGCUAUUGGAAUGAAUAAAUUGUAAAUAUUUACUUAGUUAAUUAUUCAUUUAGUAACUUGAUCACUAUAAAUAAUUAAUGUUAUUGUACUGUUUUUGAAGUAAUAAAUUAUUUUUAUAUUUUUA